UUACAGAAGGAGAUGCUGUUUGAUGAAAAUUUGGUGCUGCAGCAGUUACGGUACACGGGCAUGCUGGAAACUGUGCGGAUCAGGAGGUCUGGCUACAGUGCCAAAUACACAUUCCAGGAAUUCAUCGACCAGUUUCAGGUGUUACUGCCCAAAAAUGCCAAAGCCUCCAAGGAAGACAUUUGUGCUUAUUUGAAUAAACUCAAACUGAACGAAAACUACUAUCAAAUAGGGAAGACCAAGGUUUUUAUGAAAGAAGCUGAACGGCAGAUACUACAGGAUACACUACACAAAGAAGUGAUCAGGAAAAUCAUCCUCCUUCAGAGCUGGCUCAAGAUGGUUUUGGAAAGGAGGCGCUUUCUCAGGACGCGCCAGGCAGCCAUUGUUUUACAGGCAUGCUGGCGCUCCCGCUGUGUCAGGAUGGCCCUGCAGAGGAACAACGCUGCCAUCGAGAUCCAGGCAGCCUGGAGGCGGCACCGGCAGCGCAAACGUUUCCUGCAGCACAGGAGGAGAGUUUGUCUCCUGCAGGCCCUGGUCAGGGGGUACCUGCAGCGUAAGAGAUACCAGAAAAUGGUUGCAGAAAGGCAGAAAGCUGAAGAAAAGCAGAGAGAAAUGCAGGAAGAUGAAAACAAAGAGGAUGAUACAGGCAAGGAAGAACAGAGUGAGCCAGCAACAGAUGAGCUGCCUGUGAAACACGAGGCAGAGCCAGAUCAAGCUGUUGAAGAUGAAGAUCAAGCUCAAAAUGAGCAAGCUGAAAACCUGAGCUCAUCUGAGAAAGCCAUGUUAACCCAGAAGAGCACGACAGAGGGCUCAGAGAGAGUAAUCCACAGCCGGGAGAAGCGGGAAUCCCGUCGGCAGAGGGGGCUGGAACACAAUGACUUGCAGAACAAACAUGUGCUCCUGUCCUUUGAAGGUCCAUCUUCACAGUGCCAUGAGGAGCCAACUGUUUCUGAAGAGGCCCUGGAAAUUGCUCCAGUGCCAGAGAAAUCCACAGCACAAGAAGAUAAUAUCCUUCAGGGAAGUGGCGAGGGAGAGAAAAGUCCAAGCGAAGAAAAACCUCUUUCAGACAUUCCACCGUCGAGUGAGAUGAAAGAAAGUGGUUCUGCUCCUGAGCAGCCACCCGGGUCAGAAGCAGAGGACACAGCAGCUGACAGAACGAAAACACAAGGGAAUCAAAAUAACCAAAUAAAAGGCAGCCAAAGCUUUAAUUGCCCUGCAAGGCCGACAGAUCUUGCACUGAAUGUUCGUAACACSCUGUCUGCUACCGGGAGCUUUCAGRGCCCUGCUGACACCUGGGCAGAGAAAAACAGGCGUCAGAGGGCAACCAAAGACCUGGACAGUCCCACUUCUGCAAUCCAGAGAUAUGUGGAUGACCCAGAGAAGCUGAAGUACAAGAGAGAGAAGUGGAAAGGAAAGAGACAGUCUGAUGCUGGCCAGAAUGAUGUGCUGAGUCAGUCUUUGGAUGGAAGGAUCCGUGUGGACAAAUCUCCUCAGGAUGAGCUAGAGAAGAAGGGGAGUUCAGCUUCAUUAAGUGACCUCUCAACACUGGCCCAGGCUGUUGCCAUGAACCAGCAAUCACCAGAUCCAAUAGAAGAAGAAAAAGGCAACAAGAAAUACCUUGGGCAGAAGAAGCCCAGUGACCACUUCCCUACUUUGGACACGGCUGUUCCAAUGCAGCCAGCAAGUCAGCAAGUGGAUGCCAAGUCUGCCUUCAAAAGCCCUUUGCGUAGACUUUUGGGGAAAAAGCCAGACAAGAAAAUUGCAAAGGAGAGUUCUGAUGUGAUUGAGGAAGGAGACGGCCUCUCCCUCAUAUCUUGUGUCCCCUUUCCAGACACAGGAGGAGCCCAGAAAGCUCCAGAAGGUUCUUCGGGGCAGCCGGGCCGCCCCCAGGCCGGGGAGCGCCACGGGAAGGAGAGCAGCAAAGCAAAGAAGAACAGAACCAUAAAGAUCAGCAAGAUCUCCAGCGUGUCUCAGAACUGGCGCGCAUCCAUGGUCCGCGAGAUCGCCAAUGCCAACGAGCUCAAACACCUCGAUGAGUUCCUCCUCAACAAGAUCAAUGACUUACGCUCCCAGAAGUCUGGUGUUGAAUGUUUGUUUUUUGAAGCCACAGAGAAGUUCAGAGGAAACAUCAAGACUAUGUACUCUGCUCCUAAUGGGCAAAUCCAUGUUGGCUACAAAGAUCUGGUGGAAAAUUACCAGCUCCUAGUUACAAACCUGGCCAAAAAAAGGGAAGAGAAAGAAGUCAAGCUGGUUUUGAAUCUCUUUCAAUCCCUUCUGGAUGAAUUCAUCAGAGGAUAUACAAAGAAAGAGGAAUCUGAGCAGCCCAAGCAAACCAAAGCCCAGAAGAAGAAACGGAAACAGGAUCGUGCAAUUGAGGAGCACAAUGGCCACGUGUUCACGAGCUACCAAGUGAGCAUCCGGCAGUCGUGUGAGCACUGCUCCUCCUACAUCUGGCCCAUGGAGAAGGCCUGUCUGUGCAGUGUUUGCAAGUUGACUUGUCACAAGAAGUGCAUGUCCAAAAUCCAGAACAGCUGUACCUCCUGUGGGAAAAAGAGCGAGCAGGACACAGAGCCCCGGCACUUUGGGGUGUGUGUGAGCUCCCUGACCAGCGAGAGGAACUCGGUGCCCAUUGUCAUGGAGAAGCUGCUGGAGUACGUGGAGAUGCACGGGCUCUACACAGAAGGCAUCUACAGGAAAUCAGGAUCAGCAAAUCGCAUGAAGGAGCUGAAGCAGUUGCUGCAAGAAGACCCAAACUCGGUGAAACUGGAGAAUUACCCUAUUCACACCAUCACAGGGAUCCUUAAGCAGUGGCUGAGGGAGUUGCCAGACCCACUGAUGACCUCGGCACAGUACAAUGAUUUUCUCAGAGCUGUAGAACUGCCAGAAAAACAGGAGCAACUCUGUGCCAUUUACAGUGUCCUGGAACAACUCCCACAAGCAAAUCAUAAUACCUUGGAACGACUCAUCUUCCAUCUUGUCAAAGUGGCUUUGAUAGAAGAUGUGAAUCGCAUGUCCCCCAACGCCCUGGCCAUCGUGUUUGCUCCGUGCCUCUUGCGCUGUCCUGAUACCUCUGACCCCUUGACCAGCAUGAAGGAUGUCUCAAAAACAACCAUGUGUGUAGAGAUGCUCAUAAAGGAACAGAUAAGGAAGUACAAAAUCAAAAUGGAAGAAAUCAAUCAGCUGGAAGUGGCRGAGAGCUUCGCUUUCCGACGGCUCUCGUUGCUUCGGCAGAACACGCUGUGGCCUGUAAAACUUGGGUUCUCUUCCCCUUACGAGGGGAAGCUGAAUAAAAGCUCUCAGGUCAAAGGAAAUGACAGUGGCACCUCAGAGCUGGACUCUGUGCAUGAAGAGGAGGACGUUUCUGAAGCCAAUAACCGGGAGAAGGAGAUUCUCAUUGAUCGCAUACAGUCAAUAAAAGAAGAAAAGGAGGACAUCACUUACCGCUUGCCUGAGCUCGACCAGCGAGGCUCCGACGAGGAAAACGUGGACUCKGAGACCUCAGCGAGCACGGAGAGCCUGCUGGAGGACAAACCAGGCCGGAUGGAUACCGAAGCAAUUAUUGGAUUACACUGCCGUGCUCAGAGCUCCAGCGUGCCUGCCAAAGACAUUUGCAAAGUGCCUUCUCUCCCGCAAACCUCUUCGAAUUCUUACUCUGCAUCCCUGGCUUCAAGGCGCAGAUACUCCUUAACACUGUCCAAGAUUAAAGUGCCCCGUCGAACUCCAGUGAUGCCAACAGCAAAUAUAAAGCUUCCUCCGGGGAUGUUCAAACGUACAGAAUCCCAGGAUGAGGUUUUGGCUAAGGAAGAGCCUCCGGUGGUGUGCCGAAGGGAGCAGCCGGCGMGGCGCACGGACAGCAUCCACUCGGUGUACAUUGCACAAGGGUCGGCACUGGCCCGCGCUCAGGAACUCGUGGAUGAAUACGAACCCACAGUGAAGCUCAAACGCAGGUUCUCGGACCCUUACUCUCACAUUCCCUGCGUGGAGAAGUGAAAUUCUUCAGCUCUCUGGACUCGUCUUGAAGUUGACCACAGCUUUGGCUUUAACCCUUUGAGGGCUGUGAACUUGUUCAUGGUCUUUUAAGUGGCUGUGGGGAAGGCAGCCUGGAAAUKUACAGUACUGUAAGGGUUAAGCGAGGUUGUUUAAAGCAAAUACUCUCCACUUUAAAUUAAAACCUUGCAAAGAAAGUAAAACUUAAUGUUGAGUCGAAUACAUGGGCUGAGUGUACAGGAAACAAGUCCCCCCAUUCCGCUGCCGUGCCUUUUCCAUUUGCCUUACAAUGGACUCUCAUGGGACCAACAGUGAGUUUAGGUCAAUGUGUGUUGCCUUAAUUUUUUGUAUGAUUUUAUGACAAUUUUCUCUAUGGUUUACAGGACUGUUAAWGUGGUAAUAGCCUUAACUGAGACCGUCAUGUAUGAAAACGUUUAUUAAAACAUUGCACUUUUAAAAAAUAACAUGUUGUUUAUCAAUGUCUGU